GGCAACACUGCAUGUUUAACUACUUCCUGUGUUGCUCACGUGACAACCGAGGGAAACGUUCAAACUGCAUAAUCGUCUUUUUUUAUAUACAUAUAUAAAACUGUCAUUUAAUGUCUAAUAAAAUAUACCACACACUUUCUUUAUUUGAUAAAUGGGUCCAGGAAAACAACAACUUGGUAAACAAGUGGAAGCAGCAGGAAGGAGGGGGAGACACCUUGAGCCGAGACCAGAGCCAGACCCAUCUAAAAUGGUGUACCUCUGAGUUUGAGACACUUCUAAGGAAAAUCCAAGGUGUUCCUCCUCUUGCUGAUCACACUCAGUUGGAGGUGUCAGUGGUAUACAAUGCCUGUGUGUGCUUUACUGCCCAGUCUCAGUUCACAGAAGCUGAACUGCUCCUUAAACAAGCCACAGAGAGAGCUCUACAGAUGGCAGGAAAUUUUCCUGUUGCUUCAGACCCUCCUGUGUUGUGGAGAACAGUUCUCAAAUCAGUGGAAAACACAGCUUUGAAUUCCUGCGUGUUGUACCUUCUCUGUCUGCAGUGGGCGAUAUGGCUGGCCACUUGCCAGUUGAAAAUGAUAGAGGAAUUCCAGGAAGAGCUGACUUCUCUUGUUGAGACACUGCCUGAUGGAGUUUGGGAUGACAGGAGGAGCAAGGCAAGGGGAAAGUCCUUUGACAUUUCACUGUUGGUGAUGGAACCAAGAAGGCUUGUUGAAUUAUUGCAGAUUUGCACUUCCAUUGCUCAAGGUGCAGAAAGGUUGAGUGAGGGCCAUAGUUCAGAAGCUCUGUCUGGCCUCCAGAUAGCAUCUUCCCUACCAGCUCCCAGAAUUCUAGUCGCAUACACUCACUUCCUGUCAGGCUCCUGUCUUGCACACAUGAGCCGCCCUCAGAUGGCACUGCAGUGUUACAGGAAGGCCCUGGAGACUGACUUCAGAUGUGUAUGUGCUCUGUACCAGAGCAUGCUCAUCUACAGACAACUGGGUAACACACAGGCUGAGAUACAGGCUCUUCACUUACUGCACUCAACCAGGAUGUUGCCCUCUGCUACAGAGCCUGCUCUGGCCUGUACCCAUCUCCUCUCCCCAUCUUCACUGCUCCGUAGCCAGUCACUGAGCAGCCUGCUCUCAGUUCCUUCUGCCCUUUCUGUCCUUCACAAUCUGGCCCUGAAGUGUGUGCUCCAUGGGAGGGUGUCUGAGGGUGUGGAACAUUAUCUGGACCUGCUGGCUGCUUUUCAUUCAGAAGAUCACCAGGUCCAUGCUGAAGUCCCACCCCUCCCCAGGUUGACUGAGCUUUACCUAGAGGCUGGCACUGCCUUGCUCAUGGCCCAGCGACCUGCAGAUUGCAUGGCGUUAUGCGAUGAAGUCAUCAGCACGACACUGGAAUUGCUACCAGAGAAGCUCAUAUUAGAAGAGCUAGAGCAGAGGAAUGAGAUCAGGGAUGUGAGUGUGGAGGGUGAGGAUAGGGUGGCGAUGCUGCUCUGGACCGGGGCUGCCUACCUCCUGCAGGGUCACUGCCAGACUCACCUGAAAGACUGGAAACAAGCUGUGAUUCACUACACAAGGUGUAUCAACCUGCUGAUGAAGGUGUGGUUUAAAAAAAGAGGAUUCCAACCACAGAUUCCCAGUGCAGACAUGAUUGUGAAAGAGGGAACAUAUUUGUCUGUCCUCCAGAAACUGAAAGGGCUUUCACUAGCUGGUAGGGGCAUCAGCUUCACCCAGACAGACCAGCUGAAAGAGGCACUGAGAGACCUCCAGCUCAGCCUGCAGGCAUUCCCAGAGUGUGUGGGUGCCGGGCUGUGGUGUGGUGAAGUGCUGUGGAGGCUUGGCAGGAGACGCAUGGCAGCAGCUCACUGGGAAAAAACCUGGACGUUCAGUGCACAGUCCUCAUUAGAAAGUCUUCCUGUGUACCUACAAGAACCUCAGUCUGGCCCUUCGUUGGACUCCACCGAGCUGCGCCACAGAAUACAGGAACUUGGUCCUAUCUAGUUACCCUGGAGAGGGACAAAAGAAGAAUGCCCUAUCACUUACUGAACAGGAUCGCCUUUCUCCGGCCUGUGAAGUGGAACCCAUACUCACAACAUACAUGUUGACUUAAUGGGACAGUAAAAAAAUAUUCGAAGGAUUGAUAUGUUUGAGGCUGCUAAACAAUGUGGUUGGUAAAUCUGGCAGGUAUUUUAUGACUGUAAUGAUACUGUAAUGUUGCUUGCUCACUGAGGGUAAACUGGCUUUUAGGG